GCUCCAGUCUCUCUCUCUCUCUCUCUCUCAGUCAUGUUCACUCCAGCCAAACCAGCUUUACUUUCCAGACAUCUGCUGUUUAUGGUCAUCCUAAUCCUAAAGAACUCUGCAGGCUUCCAUUCAAAAAUCAAUGGCAGCAACAAACAGGUGUCUACUGGAGACUCUGUUACGCUGGACUGCAACGUAUCAGAAGUGAAUGCAAAACAAGUCAACUGGAAUAAAGACAGAGUUUCACUUUUCUCUCGUAGUCUGGUCCAUAAUAAGACACAGAGAAAUUUCACAUCUGACAGAAUGAGCAUUGACCCAAUCAUUCCUACAAAGUUGGAAAUUUCCAACGUUCAUCAAGAUGAUGCAGGGAUCUACUGUUGUAGUGUGGUCACCAAGAGGGGUAUGAAAACUACAGAGUGGAAUUUAACUGUGUCUGAGCGUGAGAGCCCCAAAGAAAUCAGUUCGCCAUCGUCUUUUCCAUGUUUAUACCCUCUUGUAAUCGGAUUGGUUCUAAGUGCUAUCACUUGUUCAACUGUCUUGCUCUAUAGAAAACUCAGGACUAGAGCCACAAGCCAGGACCCAUGAGGACCAGGACCAAAUGGAAAUGAAUGUUUUCUUCAGCGUAUCAUACUUUCUCCUAAUUUCGAAACAAUAACAAUCGCCUUGAUUCAUCAGGUUUCUGCAGUUUGCCACCGUGAUAACCUGCCGAUAGUUCUUCCUUUGCCUUUGUUCUCAGAAUCGCCCCUCAGUGACAGUUUUUCUGUCUACUCUUCUACCCACCGAUUGAAUCAACUUCCUGUUUCACACCUCUGAAACAUUGUUAGGUCCUUCAAGAGGGCUUAACACAUUUUUUUCCACUGGAUCUUUCUGCAGUCUGCAGACUAGCACAACACAGUGCAACACAUCAGUGUUAGAGAUGU